AUGGGCUCUCUCUUCGCAGCCGCCGGAUCCAUAUUCUCUCGUUAUACCGGCCGCUCUUCAACCCAACCCUCGACCCCUUCUGCCCCGCCGGACUCGAAAUCCGAGGAUUCCUCCGAAACUGCUGCCAACGAUGCAUCGGCGAGUCACGACGGAGAUGACCCGAACCUGCCUUCGACUACACCUAAGGCAUCGGCAUCGAGUGCGCCGCCUCCCGUCCUUGCAGUACCAACACUGAACCUGGACGGAGAUAGCAACAACAAUGGCACAUCUAACAACGCAACCUCGUCGGCUCAAGGCCUCAGCGGGCCACCGAAACAGAUUAUUUACUCAGAGUCCAGCAAUGGAUCUGCCAUGAACACAUCUCAGGAGCCGCUCAUGCCACCUCCAGCGUCCUCAGCCAAACAACAAACACCCUCUACAACGCCCAGAACAAACACAUCUUCAAUGAUGCCUCCACCUUCAGUCCCCCGUCUUCGGCCAACCGGCGCCCAACCCACAAACCAACUCCAACCCCCUCGACUCAACGCCGGUAGUUCCCUCCGUCCACCUCCAUCCGCAGCAGCAGGCCUGCGCGCCCCGCAAAGCAGCGGCGGAAGUCGUCUCAGCAAUAGUACCCUCGCCCCGGUCCAGGUCAAGAAAUCCUCCGCAUCGCGCAAAGUCGUGCUUGACCCCGGAUUCUCACCCCUGGACUGGGCAGCGCUCGUUGCCAACCCAAAAAACCAACUCCGAGGUGCGAACAUGCCGCCCGGGUAUAUGCGCGUCACGCCGUCGAUGCUGAAGGUACAAAAUGGGCGGAAGGGUCGCGACGCCUGGACUUCGUACCAAGGGAAGGUCUAUAAUAUACAACCUUAUGUGCCCUACCACCCCGGUGGGAAGGGCGAACUCCUCCGCGGCGCGGGGAAGGACUCCGCUCAACUGUUUCAGGAGAUCCACCCGUGGGUCAAUUGGGAUGGGAUUCUAAGUGAGUGUUUAGUUGGGAUUCUAGUUUCGGAGAAUGAUGCCCAGGCGGAGGAUGCGCUAGAUGCGAUGGACUAA